AUGUCCUCUUACGCAGAACGAGAUGCAUGGUUCAAAAACAUCAAAGACACCUUCCAUUGGCAGCUCGAAGAGAACGUGGCUGCCAACGUGAAUGUGUUUCAAGUGCCCAAAUCGCUGAGCUCCGUCGCACCAGAAGCUUACGCCCCUCAAAUGGUUGGCCUAGGACCGUGCCACCAUCUCCGGCCUGAGGUCCGAGCAAUGGAGGGAGUCAAGUUGGACGCGACCCGCCGGUUUUUCAAGGAAACCAAGCACGGGAACUUCUCUGGUCUCACCGGCAAACUCUCUGAGCUAGACCAGAAAGUCCGCGCUUGUUACCGUAUGUUUUUGGAACUGAAUGCUAUCCAGUUAGCGUGGAUCAUGGCGGUCGAUUCUUCCUUCCUGUUCGAUUUUCUCUGCCGCCACAGCAUUGGCAAGACAACCCUCAAGUCCUCAGAGUGGCCGCAGAACUUGGCCAAUCCCAUAGGGCGGAAACCAGCCGAGGAUGCCAUUCUCAGGGAUGUGCUAAUGCUGGAGAAUCAAAUCCCCUUCUUCUUUAUGGAGGAGAUGUUAAAGCUCUCCACUCUGGACGAUGAUGAACAAAGGCGCUUCGUCAAUGACAUCUUUCCCCAGAUAUUGGUAGCAUUUUGCAAGGCGCUCUCACCGAUCAAGAAGAUAAAUACGUAUUUGCUCGCUCCAGCUUUGGAACAUGCACAUCUAUUGGAUCUUCUGUAUCACAUGAUCGUGCCCCACAUGGUCGUGCCCCAAGGAGACGAAUCCAGGAUUGUCAUUCAUGAAGAAGUUGUUUCGACAAAAACUGUUACUGCGACCAAGGAAACCGGUUCCAGUACCUUGACUCACAUUAAAAGACUCUGCGACAGCUAUGGGCCUAAAGUUCUUGGAGCGGUCAAGAACUUGAACUUACCUGUAGUCCAAUCUUUUGCCGAGAUGGCAAAACAUUUGCUUGCCCUACCGCUCUCUGACCUAACGAAUGCUCUUUCAAACUUUCUACAAGAAGCUCCAGUAGCAGAUAAUACCUUGAUUCCUAGAGCUUCUAAUCUUGCUAAAGCCGGGAUAAAAUUCUGCCUGACCGAGACUAUCAUGGACAUUCAAUUCGAUGAGAGCAAAGCCAUGUUACACUUGCCCGUCAUCCAAGUGGGCGUGAACACUGAGGUUAUCAUUUGUAAUCUAGUGGCAUAUGAAGCGACGGCCAUGUCCAACUCCCUCAUAUUUGCACGCUAUGUGGAACUGAUGAGCGGGCUUAUCAACACCAUGGAGGAUGUGAAGUUGCUUAGGGACAGUAACAUCCUCAUAAGCCGCAUGAAAGACAAUGACGUCGCGUCAAUCUUCAACGGUGCAAUCAAGUCCAUCAAAUCAACCAGCAAUAUCCAAGCGGGUGAGAUGAUCACGAGCGUCAGGAAGGUCUACAAUGAUUCGUGGAAUACAAAGGUCCGAAUGUUGAUGAGGAUGUCCAACCACAGGUUCUGGAAGAUUCUGGCUCUUCUGGCCAUCCUCUUGUACAUGCUGCUCGUAGGGCUCCAGUCCUUUUGCUCAGCUUAUAACUGUGCGCGACUCUACCGCACUGGCAGCUCAACUUAA